CAACAACAUCCAAUUCACUCAUGAUCACUUCCUCUCAUCAUUUGUCUUCAUUGCCAGCAUGACCGUCCAGCAUCAUCUGCGACCUUUAAGACUGGGAGAAUCCCAAUGGCUGUUCGAUCUCGACGAGCUGGAGAUGAAGACACCUUCGAGGGAUGCUGGCUUCUCCUUCGACCAGGAGCUCGAGGCGCGUAAACAGACCAUCCUCUUUAUGCGUAGCUUGUGGCUGAGAGUGGCAGCUAAACUUCACGAGACAGACCCCGAGGUCACUCCCGGCAAGGCCGUGAUUACUCUGGGUGCUAUCUUGGUGCACCGCUUCUACAUGCGGCGCUCAGUAGGCGACUUCUCCCCCUCAAUCCUUGCACCUGUGAUCCUGUUUCUUGCCUCCAAGGUCGAGGAGGCGCCGCUCAAGCUACGGCAUAUCAUCAAUGCCUGCCUCGCGAAAUUCGAGCCCGGUGCACCACUCUGGGAACCGUCUAACAGCGAGGACGUUAAUCCCCAGCCCCUCGAGUACCGAAGGUGGGAGAAGGAGAUUCUCGCGACUGAGGAAGUGGUCGUUGAGGCAUUGUGUUUCGACUUUGCGGUCGAUCAGCCAUGGCCUAUCCUCCGCGCCGCCAUCCGCGGCAUCGAUGGCUUGUGGGCCAACCAGGGCGGAGAGGAGUCCAAUGGCAUGGCGAGCCAUCGUCUCACUGAGGAGAUCAUCAUCGAGCUGGGAUGGGCGAUGCUUAAUGAGGGUUAUCUUUCCCCACUGCCGGUCCUGUAUCGGCCCGAGUACACUGCCUUCGCUGUGUUUACUCUCAUCCUUGCUCUGGUCGAGCAGAUGUCUCUGGACGAGGCAAGGGCUGCUGCCAUGGAGCUUGCGGGGCGAUUUGGGCUUGACAUUCCGUGGAGAGACAUCGCCAUGGGCGACGUCGAGCCGAGCGCGGAGGAGGAGUACGCGCAAGGUGAGGCGUGAGCGAUCGCCGGCUGGCUGAUUCCAGGGGCGAUCAACCAGUACCUCAAGUACUGCCAGGAGGGCAUCAUCGAUCCAGAGCUUGCGCUUAUGAUUGACG